CGCGCAUAUCUAUAUGUUGUUUGUCUUCCGGUGUGAAAUUUGACAUAAUUUUAUUUUUAAUGUUCUCACGGUCUGAUCUCUGUGAUAUGCUGAUCAAAAUAUGGAUCCAUUUUCGUUUGAUGUAGGAGGAUCUCCUCACCGUCCUGGAUGGAUGGAGUUUUGUGAUAAACACGCUAGAACUGCUGCCGAAGAUUUUCUUGGGAGCUUCCUGGUAUUUUUGAAAGCCCAUCCUACUUCCGAGUUUCGACCAAGAGAACCCAUCGAUUAUGCCAGGAAGUUUGUAGAACUAUUCCUACAACAUUUUGAACGUAAUAUACAGAAAGGUGCUCAUGACAAUCAAACAGCCCGAAAAGAGGCUGCUAUCGAGGGUGCUGAAACAUGGUUGAAUCCAACAGAAAAUGGUUCACACAAUUCAAGUUUAAAUGGUGUAAAUGGACCAGCUUUGAUUGCUAGAUCACAAAAUGACGAAAAUGAUUCCUUCAAUGAAGAGGGUAGUGUUCAUAAUGAGGGUAUAGACCAUACUAAUUCAGAUUUCCCGACAGAGACACAAAAUUCAAGCUUUGCAUCUCCACCACUGAAAUCAAAAGGAAGUAUUUUGAAACGAUUUUCAUUCAGAAAAAUUAAACAACGAGGUUUAUUUAAACAAAAUUCUGAGGAGAUAGAACUUGCAACUGGAUCCUCAGAUAAUUAUCUUAAGGAAAAACAUUUAAAUGAGCAAAAACAAAGUAAACGAAAUAAGAAACACCACAAAGAGUCGAAGUAUAAAUUAACUCCAAACUUGCCACAUUCUGUAGGAGAAGUGAAGAAAGAAGGUGUUGUUUAUGUUUUAACUGGUGAAGAUUCUAAAGGAAAGUCUCGUUGGGAAAAGACUCGUUUAGUUUUAUUAAAAACUGACACAAGUUAUAUGUUGGAAUUUUACUCUCCUCCAAAGUCUGUGAAGCCAAAGACAGGACUUUUCUGUUUCCUCAUUACAGAAGCAAGAGUAACAACUGCCCUGGAAAUGCCAGACCAUGAACAUGCAUUUGUUCUUAAGGGCCAAGGUACGACAGAAUAUGUUGUUGAGGCAUCAUGUAAUAGUGAAAUGAUGUCAUGGUUGAAUGAACUAAAAGUUUGUAUUUCACCUGAACCACCAAGAGAUGUUGCGGAGACUGACGAGAUAGCACCGUCUGCACGACCCAGGUUACCGUCAGCUCCUAGUGGAACAAUUAAUAGAGUUAAUUCAGAUUCUCCUGGUUUAGGGCCCUCCCACAGAAGUGCAUCACAAGGAAGUGUAUCGAGCAAUCCACCAGAAAUACCACCAAGGCCUGCUGGUUCAAGCCCACGUUCAUUUAUUUACCCACAAACAUAUGAUGAACAUCAUGAUAGCAUAAGCGGGGAGUAUAAUAUAGAUCAGAUGCUGAGAGAAUACCCUUGGUUCCAUGGUACACUCAGUCGACUUGAGGCUGCGCAACUUGUACUACAGCAAGGCUCUAGCGGUCAUGGUGUGUUCCUUGUGCGCCAGAGUGAGACUAGGAAAGGAGAAUAUGUUCUUACCUUUAAUUUCCAAGCAAGGGCAAAGCAUCUUCGGAUGACAAUAAACAAUGAAGGGCAAUGCAGAGUGCAACAUUUAUGGUUUAACUCAAUAUUUGACAUGUUAGAACAUUUCCGUACGCACCCUAUACCUCUAGAGUCUGGAGGAACAUCGGACGUCACUUUAACAGAUUACGUAGUUUCUCUAGAAAGACAGAUAACGCCACCUAGGGGAUCCCCUAUUCCUGGUGGAAACAUGGAACAGCGAUCUAAUUCUAAUCCUAAUUUGAGUGCAAGAGGUCACGGUGGUGGUGCUGAAAAUCGAGACAUUAUUGUCAUCAGUGGCCCUGUACGUGCUACAACAGGUUCCAUUGAGGAGGUAAUGCGGGAGCAAGGUCAGCAACAUCACGGCAGUCAACAGGGUCUACACGGCAGAGCCGUUGAAAAUCAUUACUCUUUUGUGUAACUACAACUGGUAUUUCUACUAUAUUCUUUGAGGAUGUAGCAUCUUAAGCUCGUCUGUUUCUGACAAAAAAAAUUCAAGCUAUUAUGAUGGCUGGGUGUCGCUGUGCAAAAACUUCAAUGCAGCCCAUAAUUCAAGUGUUUCAAAAAGUAAUCAACAUGAAACUUGGAAUACCUGCUUAUCAUGAUAAGGUGCAGUUGUUAGACAAGGGGCAUAAUUCUGAAAGCAAUAUUAUUGAAGUUAUGACUCUUUUUAACUUAGAAUUUUUAACAGACAAGCGUUAACACAACAUACGGUGCUCUUGUUAGCUUAAAAGAUAAUGUUUUUUACUAGUAAUAGUAUGAAUUUGUAAGGAUUAUUAUUCUAUGUCUGAUUGUCAAAGUGUGAUAUAACAGAUUUCAGUAAACAAACUUCCUUCAUUGUAAUAUAUUGCAUUACAGUAGCACCUUGUUACUUUAUAAUAGAUAUAUCAUGUUUUAGAUACAUAUUCUUACUGAUAGACAUCAUGUUACAGAUAUGUUAAAUUGUUAUAGAUCAAACAUUGUGUUACAUAUACCAUGCAUCGUUGUUACAUGUACAGUCCAUCAUGUCAUGUAUAAUUCAUCAUGUUACAUAUACAGUUCAUCAUGUUACAUGUACAUUACAUCAUGUUACAUGUACAGUUCAUCAUGUUACAUAUACAGUUCAUCAUGUUACAUGUAUAGUUCAUCAUGUUACAUAUACAGUUAAUCAUGUAACAUAUACAGUUAAUCAUGUUACAUGUAUAGUUCAUCAUGUUACAUAUACAGUUAAUCAUGUAACAUAUACAGUUAAUCAUGUUACAUGUAUAGUUCAUCAUGUUACAUUCACACUUCAUCAUGUUACAUGCACAGUUCAUCAUGUUACACGUACAUUUCAUCAUGUUACAUGUAAAGUCCAUCAUGUCAUGUAUACUACACCAUGUUACAUGCACAUUACAUCAUGUAACAUGUGCAGUACAUCAUAUUACACAUAGUGACAUACAAUAUAUCAUAUUACAAUAAAAAAGCAAAUGAAGUGCUUAAUGUUAAAAAUAAAAAUACCUCAUUUUACAGAUAAAAUAUAUAUGUACUGUGUUACAGAUAUAAAUACAUCUAUACAUUGUCAUCAAAAGCAUACAUUGUUGUCACAAAAUCAUCAAUGUUUACCAUAAUAUAAAUUUUUUCAAACUCUUCCAUACUUGACAAUAAGUAUUUUACCAUUUACAAAGACUUUCUUCUGACCCAGUUGACAAAAAAAAUCAUCAAAAUUUUUUUUUAAUGGGAUUAGUCAAUGAAGAGGCUGCGUUAUUUUUUUUUACAACACUUGAAUGUUUACAUAGCAAUGUAAUCAGUAUGAGUGUUUUCUGAAGAAAACAGUAGCAUUCAAAAUUAUUCUAUUUUUAGUAACAAUUAAUAGGAAGAUAUUUAGCCCUCUAGCUGUCCACUGUCUGGUAAUUGUUCUCUCGUGAUUCUAUAGACAUUCAAAUACUCACUUUGUAAUAUAUUAAGCUGUAGUAAAGUUUUGUUGCGGUUGACAGAGUAAUGAAAGUUGCAUAUAUACAUGUAGAGAUCUGUAAGGAAGUGUUAGAUAAGCACAUACAUGUAUAAGAUUUUUGUUUGUUAAGAUUUUAUUCCUUAAACACUUAAACAUGUAUCAUCAAUUUAUGUUUAUUUACUUUCUGCUUCCCUUGUAAAAUUUUAUGAGUGUAAGGACUUGUUACUUUCAUUUUUGAAUUUGGUCUUUCAGUUUGCAAGUGUUAAAUUGAGCCCUUACAACAACAGAAGAAAAUCAAAAUAAAUACAUUGAUAGCUUAAUUAAUGGUAGGCAAGGUUGACCCUUGCUGAUUUUGUUAAGGACCGAGUUGAGUAUUUCCCUGGCAAAAUGGCUUGAGGGGGUAUUAUAGCCAGGGACAAUGGCAGUUAUAGUUAAUCAUGUUACAGAUAAAAUAUUAUGUUACAGAUAAGAACAUCAUGUUACAGAUGAAACAUCUUGUUGCAGAUAAGAUCAUAUUACAGAUGAAACAUCAUGUUGAAAAUAAAAGCAUCAUGUUACAGAUGAAAACAUCAUGUUACAGAUAAAACAUCAUGUUACAGAUAAAACAUCACAUUACAGAUAAAACAUUAUGUUACAGAUAAAACAUCAUAUUACAGAUAAAAACAUAAUGUUACAGAUAAAAACAUAAUAUUACAGUUAUAAAACACCAUCAUAGAUUUUUGUACAGAUCACAAGUUAUGUUACAGAUGAAACAUGUUACAGAUUAACCCUUUUACAAAUCGACGAUGAAUACAGUAUAUCAUAUUCCAUAUAAAUACAUUAUGUUACAAGUCAUCAAAAAUACAAAAUUGUCAUAAAAUACAAAAUUUUAAACAUUACAGAUUAUAUUUCUUAUCAUAAAUCAUGUUACAAAUCAACCAUUAUAUUGUUACCAUGCACAUCUUUUAUGAAAUUAAUUGCAAUUAUUUUGUUAAUUUUUUUUUUAAUAUUUGACCACUGUGUAAAAGUUAAUUAUACAAAGAGAUGAAUAAGUGUGAUGACCUAGUGCUUAAGUUAUUACCCACUCUACCAAGGCAUUGACAAGUGCAAGCCCCUUUAAGGGUCCAGGCAUGGUCCCUUUUCUGACAACAGUACUGGUUAGCCCCCGAAUAGUUUGUAUAGUGAUCAUGUUGAGGAAAAGAUUGUAGCAUAUUCUUUAGUAAAUAGAUAAUAAAUAUAUUUAAAUUAUAGGAACUCCACUGAGAUUCAAAGGACGAAAAGCAUAAAAUUUGUGUUUUUUACAUAGCUCAGCUUUGAUACAUAAAACAGAAAGAAUUGCAAAAGAUAAUUAAGAAGUAUUCCCUGAAAUAAAUUGCAAAUACUAUUUUUGUGAUAUUCUAAGCCAUAUUUGAGAGGUAAGCAUAGAAACGCUUUUUUAAUUUUGAAAUGAUUCUUGAAAAUCGGGGUGAGUGUAUGAUAUAAAAUUGUGCACACAAAUUGUGUGUAUAGAAAUACAUCAAAUGGAACAUUAAUCUUAAAACAAAUCUUAAAAAUUCCAGUCCCAUCAUGUCAAAAGUCCCUUUAAAAGUACCUCCAGAUAAGUCAAAAUGAAAAAAAAAAUAAAUAAAUAAAAUUGAGAUAAAUGUACUCGAACUUUAAGAAAUUUUUAAAGUAAAGAUUCAAGAUUCAAGUAAUAAUAAAUGUGUUAUAUGUGAUAAAUGUCUAACUUUAUUACCAUAAGGCUAAUUUUGCAUAUUUAGACCUCUUUUUGGUAAUUUAUGUGGAUUAAUUUGCAUUUUGUGUAGAUUGAAAUCUUUAUUCACUUUACAAAAUAUGUAAAUUGUUUUAAAUUUUAAAUCCUUUUUUUUACAAAGUUUUCAAGAAAGUUUGCAUGAAUUUGGAGACAUGGUGCUUAAAAGGUAUAUUGAAAUUACCACUUAAGUGAAAAAAAUUAUUUAAUAUCUAGUGUGUAUAACCUUAAUGUUAUUCACAUGAAGGUGAAAAGUGCAACAAUGUCUUGAUUGUUUUAUUUAAUUUGUUUGUUAUUGACUUUUGUAAAUAUUUAUAAAGUGCAAUGAGAUGUAUUUAAGAAUUAUUAAAAUAUUUGUAUAUAUUUUUAUGCAUUUUAAGAUAUACAUUUUGUACCUAUAUAUUUAAUUUGUGAUUUUUUUUUCACAUUUGAGCCGCGCCACGACAAAACCAACGUUAUGCGUUUGCAACCAGCAUGGAUCCACACCAGCCUGCCCAUCCGUGCAGUCUGAUUAGGAUCCAUGCUGUUUGCUAUCAGUUUCCUUUCUUGUAAUAGGGUUUGUAAGCGAACAGGAUGGAUCCUGAUCAGACUGCGCAGAUUUGCAGGCUGGUCUGGAUCCAUGCUGGUUGCAAACGCAUAAGGUUGGUUUUGUCAUGGCGCGGCACAUUUCUAUGCCCUCAUGUGAAGAGUGUUGGUUGUUUAUGAACAUUAAUGUCAGUGAAUCAAGUGUGAUAGCUGCAGAAAUGUUUCUUGUUAAGUUGUUUAUAUAUUUGUUGUUUUCUAAUUUGCUUAAAGGUCAAGAAAUUUGCACUCCACAGUUUGGGAGAAAAAUCAAAAUGCUUACGAGUUAAGGUUUUGGUAUGCAUUAGAUUUACAAAAUUAUUUACAGAGUUAUCUUUAUAGGCAGUAAAGAUCUGAAAAGAUAAAUAUUUGAGAUUAGAGGUUAACAUACGGGGAGUGGUGGCAUAGUGGUUGAGGUGUCUGGCUCUCAACCCAGGGAUCAUGGGUUCGAGCCCUAAUCAGGUCACGACCAUGUUUCUUCAUUUAUCAACAGUACUGGUUGGUUCCAGGAAGCAGACUCGAAAGUGAUUAAUAUAAGUUGCAAGAACUUGUUUUGCAAUCAAGCUUAAAUAAAUAUGUUUAAACCAACAUAAAAAGCUUUUAAAGCUUUGAAUUUGUAUGUGAAAAACUGAAAUAAAAAAUGAUGCAGUGGCAGCAGGGCCAAGUCAGACUAGUAAUCUAAGGAUUGCUGGCCACGUGGGUUCAAACUCUGUCAGGGGCAAGCUGUUAUUUCCGUGAGCAUGAAACUUAACACUCAUUGCUUAGUACUGGUUGGUUCUAGGAACGUAAUCAAGAGUGUUUCAACAAGCUUAUAGCAAACUAAAAUAAAUUAGUAUUAACUCAAAUGAUGCAGAGAAGUUUUGUUAUAAUAGCUUACCUAAACCGUAAGUAUUGUGUAUUCCUAGAAAUUAUUUCCUGCUUUUUAAACUAUAUGUUUUUUACAGUAUAUUUAUGUAUAUUCCUGUGAUUUCUUAUAGCUAUGAAAAAAAGUUACAUAAAUGUAGUAAUGUACACAAAUCUGCAAACAUUUGAAGCUGUCAUUAGUGAAGUAAUUGAUACCUGAUAAUAAUGGGGAAAAAAAUCUUGCAAUUUGAAUAUAGAUUAAAUUAAAAUUGUAUGAACAAAUCAUUUGUAGUUUGCAUACACUGAAUUUUAUGUACUUUUAUUUGUCAAAGUUUUUCUAUGAUUCAGCAAUUAGUAACAUAAGCAGUUAGAAAAUUGUACAUAUUUUAUAAGUGAACAGUUUCUCGGAAUACAAUAAGUCAUUCUUAUUGUAGGUUUUUUGUUGUUGUUUUUUGUUUGCACAAUAGCAGUUUGAUUUUUGAUAUGAUUUAGAAUUAACUUGCACUAAACUUGUUACUCAAGUAGGCAUCUGUACCUUGUUUUUUAAUGCAUUAUUAAGUUGGAAUCAAUCAAACAGACAUACAUAUUAUAUCUUGCCUUGUCUGCAUGUAAGCAGUUGUACCUUUGGUUUGAUUUGAACCAAAUUUGCUCAAAACUAGUUUCAUUAUUAUCUUUGGGUUUCUUUCUGGGAAUUGUUCUCAUUUCUUCUGGUAAUUUAGAGAUAUUAUCCCUUAAAAUAAAUACAAAACUACACAACAAGCAUAUACUGCUUGCCAGUGCAGUAAUUGUUUUGUUUAUGAUUGAAUUUCAACGUAAGUUAUACAAAACAUUGAUCAGCUGUGAAUAUUAGUGUCUAUCUUGAAAUGACCUCAAAGGUAUGACCUCUUCAAGGCUAAAAUAGGCAUGUUUAUUAUAUAUAAAAGCAUUCAUAGAUUUAACCUCAUGUUAGAUGUUUGAAAUGUAGAUGCGUUGCUUGUAUCUGACACAAAAUAAGUUCAUUCACAUUAUUUCAUGUAUUUGGUCCCCUCCCAUUUUAAUUAAAAUGAGGUCUCUAGUGGCAGCAUUGGUUUCCACUUUUAUUAUUUGAUUUAAAUUAAAAUGUUGAUAUUCUAAAGAAUGGCCUAAUUUCAAAUAUAUCUAGGCAACUAUUAAAUAAACUGAAUCAUUGGGACUCAAGUUAGCGACUUAGGGCCUCAUUGAAUGUCUUGAUUUGUUUUAUAUUGCUGUAUUGUUUAAAUAUGAUCUUGAAACAGGGACAGAAAUAUGAAGAUAUAUUUACAUAUAAUACACCUGUCAAUUACAGCUCCCUCGUGAUGCCUUAGGAUAACAUAGGCAUUAACUUUUAGAUAAUUAAACUGCUGGUAAGUGCCCUCGCAGGUAGAGGGCACAGGUGCCAUCGCAAGUGGAACAAAGUCAGAUGUUAAAAUUUUGGCUAUUUGUUCCUUCACAGCAUGCUGAACAUAAGACCUGGUAUUUUUGCACCAAAACAAAACAAUCCCAUAGACUGGGGUGUUUUUUAUCCACUGUCCCUCCUUCCAAUCUAUCUCUCCAUUCCCAAAGUGUGUGACUUAUAGAUGACUUGUGCAUAACAUGAUUUUUGAUUUCAAAAGUAUGUAACUUAAGGUUUUUAACUUCUAUAUAAUAAUAUCAAAUUCUUUCCUUACAAUUAUGUAAAUUCAGAAUCUCGGGUGUAAUUUUCAUGGAUAUGUAGGGAUGUAGGGUAAUAAGUCAAUGAGAUAAAUUAUUGUAUAUUAAAUUCAACAAGAUAGUGGAAAAUUGUAAGGGGGAUGGUUAGACUUAUGAUUUAAAUCACCCCAGCUUAAAGGUAUAUCUGUUUGUACCAAUAGCAUGUAUUUUUGACACAAAAAAGUAGGUUAAAGGAAGUAUUGAUGGAAUUGAUCGCAAAAUUUGUGGGAGAGGGACAUUUAAUUUCAUAUUACUUUAUGCUGUAUGCUUUAUUUUUGCCAGUGACUUAUGUGUAAAAUAAAUAUAAUAAAAUAUAGAACUU